AUGAAAUGCCAUGAAGCAAUGGCAGCGGGAUCAGGUCCCACCACUGCGGACUUCCUCGACUGCCCAGGAGCCAGUGAAAAGUCUCGCAGACGUGGAUGGCCUUUCGGGAGCUGGUCCGAUCUUUCGUUUAAUGUCUGGGGCGCUCCAGGAAUACAGACGACGGUGCAAGACAAGAGCAACGCCGGCAGAAUCCUCCACGAGGUGCCAGGCGAAGCGGCACCACUGCCUUGGGUCUGUGCAGACGACGUGACGUGUGACCCGGCAGAUGCCAUCCAAACAUUGGACAAAGAGGGCUGUCUUCUAAUUCGCAGUGCGGUUUCGGCACCUGCCUGCCAAAGAUUGGCGGAAUUUGUUGACCAUGCCCUGGCAUCUGCGCAGCACGAAGUGAGUGAGGCCUGCGAUGCAAAGACCAGAUCUGGCCUCAUCAAGCAGUACUUUCGAAAGCUGGUACAUGGAGAAAGACAGGAUCGGAUCGAGCUUACUCUCCCCAUGGUGCCAGAGGUCUGCGAAGUCCUGGAGCCACUCUGUGCAUUGGUGUCUCCGAUCCUCGCAGCCUUCCUCUCCCGCCGUGCAGCGCUGGUGGACCUGUCCUGCAUGAUCACCGACGCUGGCGCAGAGCAGCAGCCACUGCAUGCCGACACGAAGAUAAUCGAUAGUGGGCUUUUGCCGCUAUUUACGGUGUUCGUGGCUCUGCAAGAUAUCACCAGUGCCAUGGGCCCAACGUGGCUCUGCCCUCGUUCGCACACAGCAGAGAGUCACCUUCGGUUGAUGGCGCUGCGAGCAAGAUCUGAUGGAUCAUCUGGAGAUUUGCUGGAGCAGUUUGGGGGCAGUUCUGCAGAGUGUACAAUUGGCUCUGCCAUCCUCAUGAAUUCUCAGCUGCUGCAUUGCGGGGGCGGCCAGGCACCCGUAGAGCGAGGUGGAGGACGGCGACGACUACUAUAUGUCACUUUCCACCGCCCAGGAAACACUCCAGCAGAGCACUCACUUCGAGACGAGCUGGUGGGUGAGUACCGACUGGCCGACUUUGACGGUGGAGUCCCUCUCGCGCAUGACAAAGACGAAGUGUACCAGCGACUCUUUGUGGAGGCAAACAAGCGCAGUUUGCAGGCCAUGCUGGACUUCGCCUUGUUUCUACGGGAGCGUGAAGACCGCGGCGCGGUGAUGUGGUUCAAGAGGGCCAAGGAGAAGGGGCAUCCCUUGGCCUCGAUGCACCUGGCCGAAAUCUACCUCAAGGGAGAGCUGGGAAUCUUCCAGGAUCCCAUUCAGGCAGAACACUUUCGCCAAGAGGGACUGCGGCUUUGCCAAGCGUUGAAGCAGCGAGCUUCUUCAUCUCCUGAUGUAUCCGACGAGCAGACGCUCCAUCCAACUGUGUGGCUGGGUAAAACACCGUUGCUUUGGUUUUGA